ACAACACCGCCCGGUCGAGCCGCCGAGCUCACAUGGGAAGGAAAAUCAACACAGUGUGACAUAGCAACGUUGGUCGUAUAAUUAUUAUUAUUUGUUAAUUUAGCACCAUGGGGGAGACAGUGAUAGGGAGCCUGGUGCCAGAAUGGGCGGACUUGGAUCCAAAUACGCUCGGGGAACCAGUCAAAAGCAUUGAGGACAAAUGGAAAUUAGUCCCAGCAUUUCUUCGUGUAAAGGGACUGGUGAAGCAGCACAUUGAUUCCUUCAACUACUUCAUCAAUGUGGACAUCAAGAACAUUGUCAAAGCUAACAGCAAAGUUACAAGUGAUGUUGAUCCUCUCUUCUAUGUUAAGUAUAUGGAUGUACGUGUUGGAAAGCCAAAUAUUGAAGAAGGCAUGAACAUUGUAAGCGAAACAGCACCACAUGAGUGCAGACUCCGCGACAUUACAUAUUCAGCUCCAAUCAUGGUUGAUGUGGAGUACAUGAGAGGAGACCACAGAAUCUUUAGACGAGAUAUUCCCAUUGGUCGAAUGCCAAUCAUGCUGCGAUCCUCAAAUUGUGUGUUGUCACAGUGCAGAACACAUGCAGAGCUUGCAAAAUAUAAUGAGUGCCCACAUGAUCCUGGUGGAUAUUUCAUAAUCAAGGGACAGGAGAAAGUUAUUCUCAUCCAGGAACAGCUUUCCAAAAAUCGUAUGAUUGUUGAAGAGGACAAGAAAGGAGGGCUUACAUGCCAGGUGACAUCAUCUACACAUGAGAAGAAAUCUCGCACCAAUGUAACAAUAAAGAAUGGAAAAUAUUACAUCAAGCAUAACACUCUUACUGAUGAUGUUGCUGUGGGCAUUGUUUUCAAAGCCAUGGGAGUAACCAGUGACCAGGAGAUUGUGCAGAUGAUAGGAACAGAAGACAGAAUCAUGACAUCUUUUGCAGCAUCUCUGGAGGAAUGUGCCAGACUCAAUGUUUACACGCAAACGCAGGCACUGAAGUUUAUCGGUGGCAAAGUGCGACAGAAGAGGUUCUUUGACCGUGGCCCCAAAAAGACCCCAGUAGAUGAAGCAAGAGAUUUGUUAGCCACAACUAUUUUGGCUCAUGUACCAGUUGAAAAGUUCAAUUUCAAGAUGAAGUCCAUCUACUUGGCUCUAAUGGUACGGAGAGUGAUUGAAGCCCAGGGUGACACUAGGAUUGUUGAUGAUCGAGAUUACUAUGGAAACAAGAGGCUGGAGCUUGCAGGGUCCCUGAUCUCCCUUCUGUUUGAAGAUUUAUUCAAAAAGUUUAAUUCUGACUUGAAAAAGAAGUCUGAUAUUAUUCUUGGCAAAAAGGGCAAAGUGUCUCAGUUUGAUGCGGUACAGUACAUGCAGUCUAGCCAGGAUGCUAUAACCAAUGGGUUAGAAGUUGCCAUCUCAACAGGGAACUGGACCAUCAAGAGGUUUAAGAUGGAGAGGCAAGGAGUCACUCAAGUGCUGGCGAGGCUCUCCUACAUCUCAGCUUUGGGUAUGAUGACCAGAGUGAACUCCCAGUUUGAAAAGACAAGGAAAGUGAGUGGGCCCAGAUCCCUUCAGCCUUCUCAGUGGGGAAUGGUGUGCCCCUCAGACACACCAGAAGGAGAGUCUUGUGGUCUUGUGAAGAAUCUAGCUCUAAUGACCCACAUUACCACAGAAGUAGAUCCAGAACCUAUCAUAGAACUGGCCUUCAACUGUGGUGUGGAAGAUAUCACUGACUGGGAGAAGCUGUCAAACAGAGAUGUCUUCUUAGUUUUCCUCAAUGGUAACAUCAUAGGUGUUACGAGGGAUCGCCGGAGAGUGGUUCGUGUGUUCCGUGCGAUGAGAAGGAAUAAUGUCAUCAGUGGUUUUGUUUCUAUAUACCCUCACAACAAGCAUCGUUGUGUUUACAUCAGCUCUGAUGGAGGCCGGCUCUGUCGUCCAUACAUGAUUGUGGAGAACUGUCGACCAGCUGUGACUGAACACCAUAUAGAAAGAUUAGCUCGAGGUUUAAUGACCUUUGAUGAUUUUUUGCAUGAAGGUUUGGUAGAGUAUUUGGAUGUGAAUGAAGAAAAUGACUCCAGUAUUGCCAUGUAUGAACAUGAAAUCAGUCCAAAAACAUCACACAUGGAAAUUGAACCUUUCACAAUCCUAGGUGUCUGUGCUGGAUUGAUCCCCUAUCCACAUCAUAAUCAGAGUCCUCGUAAUACCUACCAAUGUGCUAUGGGUAAGCAGGCUAUGGGAACUAUAGGCUAUAAUCAAAGGAACAGAAUUGAUACUUUACUGUAUAAUUUAGUGUAUCCUCAUAAACCUCUUGUUAAAACAAGAACAAUUGAACUGAUCAACUUUGAACAUCUCCCUGCUGGACAUAAUGCUAUGGUAGCAGUUAUGAGCUAUUCAGGAUAUGAUAUUGAAGAUGCCAUCAUUAUAAACAAAGCAUCCCUUGAUAGAGGCUAUGGACGGUGUAUUGUUUAUAGAAAUGCCAAAUGUUCAGUGAAGCGCUAUGCCAACCAGACAUCAGAUAAAGUUCAAGGCCCACUCAUGCAGGUUUUAGAAGGAGGGAAACAAAAGCCAAUAUGGAAACAUGAAACCCUAGAUAGCGAUGGACUAGCAGCAGUUGGUACUCCUGUCCUACCAAGACAGGUGUUGAUAAAUAAGCAGAUGCCAACUGUGACACAACUUUCGUAUACUGAUGGACAAGCACAGAGGCAGGUUGAAUUCCGCGACACGCCAGUAGUACAUAAAGGGCCAGGAAGUAUAUAUGUAGAGAAAGUGAUGCUGUCAUCAGAUCCAGACGAAUUCAAUUUGAUCAAGAUCCUUUUGAGACAGACACGAAGACCAGAGAUAGGUGACAAGUUCUCCUCUCGCCACGGCCAAAAAGGCGUGACAGGUCUAAUUGUGCAACAGGAAAACCUUCCCUUCUCUGACCAUGGGAUGUACCCGGACAUGAUCAUGAACCCUCAUGGUUUCCCUUCUCGUAUGACAGUUGGAAAACUCAUGGAACUUCUUGGUAGUAAAGCAGCUGCUCUGGAAGGAAAGUUCAAUUAUGGUACUGCUUUUGGCGGUACAUCAGUUAAGGAUAUCAUGGAGGAUCUAGUCAAGCAUGGGUUUAAUUAUCAGGGCAAAGACAUGCUUUACAGUGGUACAACCGGUGAGGCAUUAAAGGGUUACAUCUUCUUUGGCCCAGUUUACUACCAAAAGUUGAAGCAUAUGGUUAUGGACAAGAUGCAUGCUCGAUCUCGUGGUCCCAGAGCUGUCUUGACUCGACAGCCAACAGAGGGACGUGCUCGUGACGGUGGCCUCAGGCUUGGAGAGAUGGAGCGUGAUUGCCUAAUUGGCCACGGGGCAAGCAUGUUGCUGCUAGAACGUCUCAUGAUAUCCUCGGAUGCAUUUGAUGUCGAUGUUUGCAACUCCUGUGGCCUGCUGGGUUACUCUGGGUGGUGUCACUACUGCCGUUCAUCAGCUAAUGUGUCAUCAAUACGGAUUCCUUAUGCAUGUAAACUUUUAUUCCAGGAACUACAGAGUAUGAACAUUGUUCCUAGGUUGCGUUUGCAGAAUUAUUGUAGUUGAAGGUUGUAUGUCACUCAUGUUUAUGCACUUUUACCUUUUAUAUCCAGACAUGAAACUGGAUUUCUAUAUUUCUUUCCACGUUUCUACCAGUCAUUUGUUGUAAUUUAUUGGGAAUUUAAUUCUUUAGGAGCGAAUGUGAAAAAUCCGCCGUAACAUGAAAGGUAGCAGAGGGCUAUCCCUAGUAUCUGGAUAUAAAGGAUUGAAUUGGAAUUUAUUUUCAGUUACAGAUUUUUACUAAGUUUGCCAGUCACAUUGUUCUUGUAAGGCAAGUUAUUACAGGAAAGAUUUUGUUAAUCAAAUGCUGUUCUUAUUUGUAAUAAAUGGAUUUCCAAAAUUCA